AUGUCGUCAGCAUUCGAAUCUUCGCUCUCCGCGAGCAUCAACCGCCAGUCCCUGAUGGCAACCCCAUCGGUCGCCGACACCCUCCCGAAUGCGAACUUCGGCUUCGACGAGCUGCGCGACCGCAUGAACAAAUUCUCUUCACGAUUCGACGGGUUUAUUGAGCAAGGGCGCAAGCGCGUGUUGGAGGAGAGGAACGAGUUUCGCAUGAACAUUGCCGAACUCCAAGAGGACCAACGCAUGAAGAAGAAGGACAUUGAGAUCCUCCAGCACAAGACGAGCACACACCAACAAACCGUCCAGAAGGAAAAGGCCGAGACGCGCGAGAUGCAGGCCGCCAUCGCCCAGCUGUCGGAAGAGCGCGACAAGCACCUGGCCACACGAGACGCGCUGAAGAAGCAGAUCGAGGAGACGCAGAAGGAGAUCGACGCGAAGGUCGCGGCGCAGCGCGCGCACGCCGCGCAGCUGGAGGCGCAGUCGCGAUUCAACGUUCCCGAGCUCGAGUUUUGGCAGCAGAACCUCGGCCUGCGUAUAGAAGGCGCGGGCCAGGACGACCGGCUCAAGUUCAUCUACAGCUACAUCGACAGCGAGGACUGGGACAGGGAGGCGUGGUUCGAGCUCUCGACGUCGAGCAGGGACUACGAUAUCCGGCACUGCAGGCCCAAGCUGGAGCGCGAGCGCGUGGAGAAGGUGCUGGACCAGCUCAACGAGACGAGAGAGCUCGCGGUGCUGCUGAAGGGCAUGCGGGAGCUCUUUGUGGAAGCGGUCAAGGCAUGA